AUGCGCAUGCUGAGGGGGCGUGGCAGGGAAGGAGGACGCAGCAACCAGUCAGUGUGCCAUGUCUGUUCUGCUAAACUCCUCUGGUUUUCCUCCCUCGUGCUUGCGGCCGCGCCUCUGCCUGCUCACACCUGUAAAAAAGGACAGCUGGAACCCGUCAGUGAGGGUGUGCUGUCUACAUUGACGGACCUCCUGCUGUGCCGCUGGUCGUGCCGCGCGUGCUGGCGGUGGUGCUGGGAGUGCAGCUGCUGUCAGACGUCUGAGGAGGAGGUGGAGAUCCUGGGGCCGUUUCCUGCACAGACGCCGUCCUGGCUUGUUAAUGACUGUAAUGAUGAGAAAGAGCCGAACUCUCACCCGGUGUCUCGUGAUCACGUCCCCUCGGCUCACAACACGACCCCGGGCAGCACCAGUCCCGGGUGCACCAGUCCGAGCAGCCGGGGUUCCAGCUCGGAGAACUCACGCUCCACCUUCAGCCUCGCGCGCCAGCUCUCCAGUCUGGACUCACGGCGUCCCAGCUCCCCGCUGGUGGACACGAAGGCCAUUGAGUUCUGGGCCAUGUCCCCAAGGAAAGAGGCGGUCCAACCCCUGCGCAAACUCCAGCCGCCUCCAGAUGACUAUUUCCGCAAGCUGGAGCCGCGGCUGUACUCAUCCGAGUCCGGGGGAGACGACAUGGACUCUCUGAGCGACGAGGAGCUCCUGCUGCGCUACCAGCUCGGCCUCCUGCACUUCAGCACGCAGUACGACCUGGUCCACUGCCAGCUGAUCGUGCGUGUGAUUGAGGCGCGGGACCUGCCUCCUCCCGGGGCGGGCGUGGCUCACUCCAACCCCUACGUUAAGAUGAGCCUCCUGCCUGACCACAAGAACUCGCGUCAGACCGGCGUCAAGCGCAAGACACAGAACCCUGUAUUUGAGGAGCGCUUUACCUUCGAGCUGCCGUUCCUCGAGGCCCAGCGCCGGACGCUGCUGCUCUCCGUGCUGGACUUCGACAAGUUCUCGCGCCACUGCGUCAUCGGGAAAGUGGCGCUCCCGCUCAGCGAGGUGGACCUGGUGAAGGGCGGGCACUGGUGGAAGGCUCUCGUACCCAGCUCACAGAACGAGGUGGAACUCGGGGAACUUCUGCUGUCCUUAAACUACUUGCCGAGCGCGGGACGGCUCAAUGUGGACGUGAUCAGGGCCAAACAACUGCUGCAGACCGACAUGUGCCAGGGUUCAGAUCCGUUUGUGAAAGUUCAGCUGGUGGCAGGACUGAAGCUGGUGAAGACCAAGAAGACGUCGUGUAUGCGAGGAACCAUCGACCCGUACUUCAACGAGUCCUUCAGCUUCCGGGUUUCUCAGGAGGAGCUGAGCGAAGUUAGCCUCGUGUUCACAGUCUACGGCCACAAUGUGAAGAGCAGUAACGACUUCGUGGGCCGCGUCGUGAUCGGUCAGUUCUCCACGGGACCGGCCGAGACCACACACUGGCGCCGUCUGCUGCGCUCCCAGCGGACGCCCGUGGAACAGUGGCACAGCCUGCGGUCUCGCGCUGAGUGUGACCGUGUCUCUCUCGCCUCGCUCGAAGUCACGUGAUCUCCACGCAGCGUGCCGAUUGGUGGAGGCAGGAAAUGUGGACCGGACCGUUUAAUGGGCGGGGCUUCACCCGAAGGACAAACAACAUGAAGAACUGUGAUGAUCUAAAGGGACAGCGGGUUCUGACGCGUGUCCUGCUCUGGUGUUGGUGGACUUUAUUCAGAAAGGUGGUCUGUGUAAAGCGGUUUCCACGGCGACGCAGCACAGCAUUUGUUCUUUAUCACACUGAAAUGUUCGUCAUGGAGAACUUAAUAACCUCAUCACCGGCCCGGCUCGGGCUGAGACCAGCAGGGUCGCUCCUCCUCUGGGUUUAUUUUUAGGAAUUUUUAAAUUAAUGAGUAAUAACCUACUUGUUGUCGUCAGUGCCGCGCUGUGGGCUUCGUCUGUGUGAGAUAGAGUUCUGUCAAAUAAUUAUAAUUAUAAUAUUAAUAAUCAGGUAAAAUGUCACGAUGUUAAAUGUUUUCACAGGGGUGUCGUUUAUGAUCAUCAGUGCAGGAGGGAAACUGGAAAAAAGUGUCAUGAUUGUGAAAAAAACAAUCACAUCAGUCCAUCACAUCCCCUUUAAAAAAGUGUCCGAUCACAUCAACUCCCUUUAAACUUCGAGUGUCUGAUCUCGUCUGAGUCAAUAAUCCUCCUGGUUCAGUCUCAGUAUUUCUCAGUCACUGUUACGGAUGUGUGUUGAAAAAAUUAGCGAACCAGAGUUCAAAUCCAGUGGGCGUGUCUGGGUAUGUGGUCAACUGUCCACUACGACUGUCCCUGAUUGGCUGACCGAAGCUACAGUCUAGAGACAGAGACGAAGAACUCAGCUUCAGCCUGUGUGUUCUCAUAUCGACCUGUUGGUGGUGCUGCUGGCCUCACGUCCUACAGAAAUCUAAAAUCAUGCAAAUUUAAGAGAGUUUUCUUUAAGAGGGUUGAGGUUUAGCUCAGCUAGCAGGUUUACACCAGCGUUUAGAACCGAGACAUCAGCCAUGAAAACAACUACUGUGUGAAAUAAAGCCAACCUGACUGAGUUUUUAGACUUUAUCACCUGCGAAUAGAGCUCACGUCUCGUGCUGUCGUCCCUCAUUCACGUUUCCACACGGGUGUUUGUCUACAGAGUGAACGUCUUGUGUGUUUGUGUUGUUGUUGUUUUAUAUUCUUAGAUGGAGAUGUUAUCAGUGUUGAAGUAGAUCACAGGCAGACGUCUGUGUGUGUUUUUAAUCUCUGUGCUGUAGUGGUGCGUCUCGUCCGCACGUCUGUCUGAAACAUACACACGUCUCAUACACACGUCUCAGACACACGUCUCAGUCACAUGUCUCAUACACACGUCUCAUACACACAUCUCAUACACACGUCUCAGACACACGCUCAUACACAUGUCUCAUACACACGUCUUAGUCACACGUCUCAUACACACGUCUCAGACACACGUCUCAGUCACAUGUCUCAUACACACGUCUCAUACACACGUCUCAGACACACGCUCAUACACAUGUCUCAUACACACGUCUCAGUCACACGUCUCAUACACACGUCUCCUACACACAUCUCAUACACAC